ACAGCCCAGCACACAGCCCCGAUGGCUCCCAAGCCCAGCGGAUGCCUGGUGCUGCUGCUUGCCUGCUGCCUGACGCCCACCUGGGCCACCCUGCUGCCCCUGGAAUGGCUCUGGUCCUCAACGACCAGUGACUCCACAGCCACUCCGGUCUCCCAGCCCCAGGGCCACCCCUCCCAGCGUGGCCCCACGGAGCCAACGACAGCCCCUGCCAGCACCCAGCUGGCCUUGAAGGAACAGGAGGUCACCUGGAGCAAGAGCUCUGCUUCCCACGUCACCCCCUCCAGCCUGGCUGCCUCUGCCGGGAGCCUGGAUUUGAAGGAGGAGGAGAACAUCGCAGGCGUUGGUGCCAAGAUCCUGAAUGUGGCUCAGGGCAUUCGGAGCUUCAUCCAGCUGUGGGACGAUGCUGCCCCCACCGGGGCCUCUGCUGCCACCUCAACCCCUACAGAGCCGCACACCCUCGAGGGACCCUAUAGUGACUCCCAGGACAGUGGGCCUACCCUCUGGUCCAAUCUGGGAGCCCCAUGGGUUCUGGGUACUCAGACAGCGGAGGCUGGUGCCCUGGCCAUGCCCACCCAGCUACCUCCAUCUCUGGAGAGCACCAGCCAGGAGGUGGGGCUGCUGCAGCUCCUUGGGGAGCCCCUGCCCCAGCAGAUCACAGCCAUCAGUGACCCCGAGGUCGGGCCAGCCUAUAUCUUUGGACCAGAUGCCAACAAUGGCCAAGUGGCCCGGUACCACGUGCCCAGCCCCUUCUUCCGUGACUUCUCGCUGCUGUUCCACGUGCGACCAGACACGGGGGCUGCGGGCAUGCUGUUUGCCAUCACAGACGCGUCGCAAGCAGCCGUGAUGCUGGGCGUGAAGCUCUCAGGGGUGCAGGACCAGCACCAGAACAUCUCACUGCUCUACAUGGAGCCGGGUGCCAGCCAGACCCGCACGGCUGCCAGCUUCCGCUUGCCUGCCUUUGUGGGCCAGUGGACCCGUUUUGCGCUCAGCGUGGAAGGCAGCUCUGUGGCGCUCUAUGUGGACUGCGAGGAGUUUCAGAGGCUGCCAUUCACACGGUCCCCACGGGGUCUGGAGCUGGAGCCUGGCGCUGGCCUCUUUGUGGGCCAGGCUGGAGGCGCAGACCCCGACAAGUUCCAGGGGGCGAUUGCAGAGCUAUGGGUGCGUGCUGAUCCCCGGGUGAGCCCUGUGCGCUGCCAGGAUGAGGAGGAUGAGGAUGAAGACAGGGCAUCUGGUGACUUGGGCAGUGGCCUAGAGGAGCACCAAGAACUUCACAGGGAGGACGUGGUGGUGACGCAGACACCCAGCCUGCCCCCACCACCCCCCGUGACGACUCCUCCCCUGGCCAGGGGCAGUGGCAAGGAAGAUGGCAAGGAAGAUGCCAGGACAGAGGAGCUCGAGGUGCCAAGCACGGUGGCUCCAUCAGAGCAUGAAGCUCUUCCUGGGAAGACCCUUCCGGGUAACGAGUGGGACAAGCGUGCUCUGAGCCCAGGCAGCAGCCUGGAGACGGGAGGCCUGAAGGGGCAGAAGGGGGAGCCAGGAGCUCAGGGUCCACCUGGCCCGGUCGGUCCCCAGGGCCCUGUAGGCCCUGGGAUGCACAGCCCCGACACACACUCUGUCCCUGGGCCUCAGGGCCCCCCAGGACACCCUGGUCCUCCAGGGAAGGACGGCGCCCCAGGAAGGGACGGCGAGCCGGGUGAUCCCGGUGAGGACGGAAGACCAGGGGAUGCUGGGCCACAGGGCUUCCCAGGGACCCCAGGGGAUGUGGGCCCUAAGGGAGAGAAGGGAGAUCCAGGGGUUGGACCAAGAGGACCCCCAGGGCCCCAAGGUCCUCCAGGGCCCCCAGGACCAUCCUUCAGGCAUGACAAGCUGACCUUUGUCGACAUGGAGGGAUCUGGCUUCAGUGGUGACCUGGAGACCCUCAGGGGCCCACGAGGCUUCCCAGGUCCCCCGGGCCCCCCUGGAGUCCCAGGCCUGCCUGGUGAACCUGGCCGCUUUGGGGUGAAUGGCUCCCACGUCCCAGGACCCCCAGGCCUCCCGGGUGUGUCUGGGAGGGACGGCGCCCCAGGAUUUCCUGGAUCUCCGGGACCCCCAGGCCCUCCUGGAAGAGAGGGUCCUCCAGGAAGAGCGGGCGAGAAAGGAACCCUUGGCAACGCAGGAGCCCCUGGACCCAAGGGCAGCAAGGGAGACCCAGGCCCUGUGGGUGCUCCCGGGGAGAAUGGCUUUACAGGAGCCCCUGGGCCCGCUGGACCCCCAGGACCCCCAGGACCCCCAGGACCUCCCGGGCCCCCUGGACAAGGAUUCGCUGCGGGAUUUGAUGACAUGGAAGGCUCUGGAGCCCCCUUCUGGUCAACAGCCCGAGGCUCCGCAGAGCUCCAGGGACCACCUGGCCUUCCAGGACUCAAGGGAGAUCCUGGUGUGCCUGGGCCUCCUGGAGACAAAGGGGAAGUUGGAGCAGAUGGCACCCGCGGGUUCCCUGGCCUCCCAGGCAGUGAAGGCCCAGCUGGGCCCAUGGGACCCAAAGGAGAGAAAGGGAGUCCGGGAGAAAAAGGUGACCCAGGGAAGGACGGCGUGGGCCAGCCUGGCCUCCCCGGGCCCCCAGGACCCCCGGGCCCCGUGGUCUAUGUGUCGGAACAGGACCGAGCACUGGCCAGUGUGCCAGGUCCUGAGGGCAGGCCGGGCUUUGCAGGCUUCCCUGGACCUGCUGGGCCAAAGGGCGACGAGGGCUCCAAAGGCGCACAGGGCUCCCCGGGACCCAAGGGUGAGAAAGGGGAGCCAGGUGGCAUCUUUGGCCCUGACAGCAGAGCCCUGGGUCCUGUGCAGAAGGGAGCCAAGGGUGAGCCUGGCUUCCGUGGACCCCCGGGACCAUAUGGACGGCCUGGGCACAAGGGAGAAAUCGGCUUUCCUGGACGGCCGGGUCGCCCUGGAAUGAAUGGGCUGAAGGGUGAGAAGGGGGAGCCUGGAGACGCCACCCUCGGAUUUGGCAUGAGGGGCAUGCCUGGCCCCCCAGGACCUCCUGGCCCCCCCGGACCCCCUGGGACGCCUGUCUAUGAUAGCAACGCAUUCGUGGAGUCUAGUCGUCCUGGACCUCCAGGAGCACAAGGGUUGCCAGGGCCUUCUGGGCCCAAGGGUGACAAAGGAGAUGUUGGUCAGCCUGGACCACCAGGGAAGUUCCCCUUGGACCUGUUCCACCUGGGAGCUGAAAUGAAGGGUGAGAAAGGGGAGCGUGGGGACGCCGGACAGAAGGGCGAGCGGGGAGCACCUGGGGCCAGCAGCGGCUUCUUUGGCUCCAGUGUGCCUGGCCCCCCUGGGCCGCCAGGGUACCCUGGGAUUCCGGGUCCCAAGGGAGAGAGCAUCCGGGGCCCGCCUGGCCCACCUGGCCCUCAGGGACCUCCUGGCAUUGGCUAUGAGGGGCGCCAGGGCCCCCCUGGCCCUCCUGGGCCCCCUGGGCCCCCCUCAUUUCCUGGCCCACAUAGGCAGACUAUCAGCAUUCCUGGACCUCCUGGUCCUCCUGGGCCCCCAGGACCCCCAGGGGCCAUGGGCACCUCUUCAGGGGUGAGGGCCUGGACCACCUACGAGGCCAUGCUGGAGAAGGUGCGUGAGGUGCCCGAGGGCUGGCUCAUCUUCGUAGCUGAGGACGAGGAGCUCUACGUCCGCGUCCGCAAUGGGGUCCGCAAGGUCCUGCUGGAGGCCCGGAUGCCGCUCCCGCCUGAGACGGACAAUGAGGUGGCUGCCCUGCAGCCCCCACUGGUGCAGUUGCAUGAGGGCGGUCCAUACCCACGGCGGGAGCACUCCUACUCUACCGCACGGCCCUGGCGGGCAGAUGACAUCCUGGCCAGCCCCCCACGCCUGCCAGACCCCCGGCCCUAUCCCGGAGUCCCACACCACCAUGGCGCCUAUGUACAUCUUAGGCCAACCAGCCCAACAGGCUCAGCAGCUCACUCCCACCAGGACUUCCAGCCAGUGCUCCACCUGGUGGCACUCAACAGCCCACUGCCAGGUGGCAUGCGUGGCAUCCGUGGGGCCGACUUCCAGUGCUUCCAGCAGGCGCGAGCCGUGGGGCUGAGCGGCACCUUCCGAGCCUUCCUCUCCUCCCGGCUGCAGGACCUCUACAGCAUUGUACGGCGUGCGGACCGAGGGGCCGUGCCCAUUGUCAACCUCAGGGAUGAGGUGCUGUCUCCCAGCUGGGAAGCCCUGUUCUCGGGCUCCCAGGGCCAGCUGAAGCCUGGGGCCCGCAUCUUCUCUUUUGAUGGCAGAGAUGUCCUGAGACACCCGGCCUGGCCCCAAAAGAACGUGUGGCACGGCUCUGACCCCAGCGGGCGCCGGCUGACCGAGAGCUACUGUGAGGCGUGGCGGACAGAGGCAGUGGCAGCCACAGGCCAGGCUUCUUCACUGCUGUCCGGCAGGCUGCUGGAGCAGAGUGCCUCGAGCUGCCGCAAAGCCUACAUCGUGCUCUGCAUCGAGAACAGUUUCAUGAUGCCCUCCAAGUAGGGCCCUGUGCUGGACAGAAGUGGCCUGAGGACAGCACCGGCAGGGAGCAGCCACCGGCCUAGAGCCUCCAAGAUGCUUUCCUGUGUAGUUCACAUUUCAUGUAAUCCUCGAAAAAUAAAAGGAAGCCAAAGAGUGUAUUUUCAUAAAAGUUUAGAGCACAUGAUGCCAGUACAUCCCUGCUCCUGCUUUCCCUGCCAUGCUGGCCUGCUGUGACAUGUGCAGCCUCUGUGCCUAGGGCCAUGUCAGCCCACAGCUGGACUUCAGCAGAAGGCCACCCCAGGACAUAUGGCUGAGACAGGCCUGUGCCCUGGCUCAAGGGCCUACCAAUGAAGGAAGGGCCUGGCACCCUCACGAGUUGUGGUUUCCUGCUUGGUUCCUUUCUGCCCAGAGACGCCACAGAAGGUGCUGCAGGCCAAGUCCAGUCUGCACAGAGCCCCCGGUAAUGCUGGGCACACAUGGCCGCCCUGCUUGGCCUCCACUGCUGCAAAGACCCGGUGCCCACGGGAGCAGGGUUCCACCUCAGCACCCACCCAGCCCAGGCUGUGCCCAGGGAUGGGUGAGGCCUGCUGUGGCUUGCCCACUGCUUCUCCUUCUAGCCUUGUCAGGCCUCUCCUCAAGCUUGUAUCUCAGGUGACUCCGCUGUGAGGAGAGGUCUGUGGGUGAUCAGUCAGGCCAUGGCAGUGCCCUGUGCCCAGCCUUUGGCCUGCAAGUCCAGAAGCCCAGAGCAUCUGCCACAGGGGCUGCCUGCGUGGCCACCUGGGCUGACUAUGGCUGCUGCUACCACCCUUGGGAUCUGGGAUGUGGUGAGGACUGGGCGAAACCAGUGGGGCUGGUUCUAUGUGGUAUGGACUGUUUCAAAAGGACACAAAUAAAAACUUUUUACAUGGA